AUGAAGCUCCCAAAGAAGGCUAGUGUUGAUGGCUACGACACACAGUCCAUCGUCAGGGAGGUGCAGCAGCCUCCAGCGACGCAGGAAGUUAAAAGGAGUGAUAGAAACUGUAAGAGGAAGCGGGAGGCAGAAGGGAGCAGCAAGGACAAGAACGGAAACGAGGGCAAGAAGAAUAACAAGGUUCAGGGCGGCAGCAAGAAGAGCAAGAAGAGUUCGAAGAAGGCGAAGAAACGGACCGUGGAAUCCAAGGACGGUGACCCUCGGCACGGCAAGGACCGGUGGUCAGCCGAGCGUUACGCCGCAGCAGAGAAGAGCCUGCUCGACAUCAUGCGCUCCCGCGAUGCCCGCUUCGGCGCACCGGUGAUGCGGCAGGUGCUGCGGGAGGAAGCCCGCAAGCACAUCGGCGACACCGGCCUCCUUGACCACCUGCUCAAGCACAUGGCUGGCCGGGUGCCGGAAGGCAGCGUUCACCGGUUCCGUCGCCGGCACAAUGCGGAUGGUGCCAUGGAGUACUGGCUUGAGCCGGCCGAGCUUGCUGAGGUACGGCGACAGGCCGGUGUGUCUGAUCCAUACUGGGUGCCACCGCCGGGAUGGAAGCCAGGUGAUGACGUGUCCCUCGUCGCCGGCGACCUUCUAGUCAAGAGGCAGGUUGAGGAGCUCACCGAGGAGGUCAAUGGCGUAAAAAGGCAACUGGAGCAGUUAAUGUGCAAGGACGAUGGGGACUUUGAUGCAGAAAGAGCCUACAAUUCAUUGAAGGAGAAGUACCAGCGUGUUGUGAGGGCUAAUGAAAAGCUUGAGAAGCAGGUGAUUUGUUUGAAGGACAUGUGUGAGAAUGUAGUUCAGAUGAAUGGUGAGCUGAAGAAGGAGGUGUUAUCCUUCAAGGAGCAUAUAGCUGACAAGAAUGAUAAGUUAGAGGAGCAGAUUACCUAUCUCUCCAACUCCUUCCUUUCUUUCAAGGAUCAGCUGGUACUGGCUCUGAAGAUGGAAACAGAACGUCAGCUAGAACUGGCUCCUAGUGAAGCUGUUCCCCGCACAGCACUGUACGUUGGUUCCGGUGACCAGAUGAUCCCCCGGACAGACGGCACCGUCAUCCAAGGCGGCCAAGACAGGCCGGUAAGGAAGAGCAGCUUCCGCGUCUGCAAGCCACAGGGCACGUUCCUGUGGCCGAGCAUGGCGUCCGGCAUGACCAUCAGCGGGGGCGCCAGCAGCAGCUGCCCGGCCGCCGCCACGCCAGUCCCGGGGAUCCCUCGCAGCACCAGUUGCCCGAGUAGCGCCGGGCCGGGGCUUCCGCGGUCGUCGCGAGCCCCAGUUGAGGUGAUGGCGGCGGCGGCCGGCCUGGACGAGCACGUGAUGUUUGGUGCCCUCUUCUCUACGCCGCCCUCAGCGUCGUCCACCAACGCCGCUGCCGCAGCUGCCAAGCCGCAGCUGUCCCUGCCCAGCCCGAGGUCGCCGCUGCAGCCACAAAAGCUGUUUGGCACUGUUACUGCUACUGCUGCUUCUGGGUUUAGUCCUCAAAAGCUGAUGCAUUUCUCCGGCCUGACUCGAUUCCAUGUCGACGUCUCGUCGUCAUCGUCCGGGGCCUGCGGUUCCAGCCUGUUGGAGGGGAAGAGAGUCCUGUUGGAUGCAGACGCCGGCGGGAUCAGCGUGGUGGGCACCGAGCUGGCCCUGGCUACUCCAUCCUACUGCUGA